UCAAUUGUCGAGACACUCGCACGCACAGCUUGUGUCCAAUCAUUUGCUGCUAUCUCACCGCGGGCGUACCCAAUGGAGCGGGUGGUAGUAAGAGGAGCCAUAAAACGAGGCAACAACGAACGUCGCAGCUGAGUUAGCCGUAGUUUAGUUUUGAAAUAUGUAUUUGUGCCAUUUCAUUGACGGCCGGCAAACGUUAAAGACGCGCGCGUGAGCAUCUCAAGAGCUCAAGAGCAGAUACUACUGCGACUACUGCCCACACACACGUGUGUGUGUAUGUCUGUGUGUGUGUGUGUGUAGUUGUUGCCGGGAAUCUUGGUGCUACGCUUAUCAAGCAGCAAAUAUUUGCUUGUCUGUCGAUUAAAGUGCUUAACGUAUUAACAAUAUUGAAACACGGCGAUCAUUUGAUAUACACACAAUGAGCAGCACACUCGGCGGCUGGGAUUAUGCCAUACUGGCGGUCUCCUUAAUAGUUUCCAUACUGAUUGGACUCUACUAUCGCUUUGUUGGCAGCAAGAAGAACACCACAACGGAAUAUUUGCUGGCGGAUCGCUCCAUGGGUGUAAUGCCAGUGGCAUUUAGUUUAAUGGCCAGCUUCAUGUCCGCGGUAACGAUGCUGGGUGUGUCGAUGGAAAUCUAUCAGUAUGGCACCAUGUUUGUGCUCAUCAAUCUGUCCUAUUGCAUUGGCACGCCCAUUGCCGCCUACUUGAUACUGCCCGUCUUCUAUCGCUUGAAAACGGCCAGCGUCUAUGAAUACCUCGAGCUGCGCUUUGGCUAUGCCACACGUCUGGUCGCCUCCAUAGCGUUCUCCGUGCAAAUGAUACUCUACAUGGGCAUUGUUGUAUAUGCGCCCGCUCUGGCUCUGGAGGCUGUCACGGGCUUGAAUCAAGUGUUUUCGAUACUGAUUGUGGGCGUGGUUUGCACCAUUUACGCCACACUGGGCGGCAUGAAGGCCGUGCUCAUCACGGACAUUUAUCAAUCGCUACUCAUGUUUGCGGCCAUCUUCAGUGUCAUCAUUUGUGCAGGCAUCAAGGCUGGCAGCCUCGAUAAGGUGUGGAAAGCAGCCGAGUCAGCGGGACGCAUUGAUUUCGGCAACUUUAGCGCUGAUCCCACCAUGCGACACACCUGGUUUACCCAAAUUAUUGGCGGCUUGGCCACAUAUCUCUCCAUCUACGGCGUCAAUCAAACUCAAGUGCAACGUCUGCUGGCUGUGCGCAAUUUGCGCUCCGCACGCGCCGCUCUCUGGUGGAGUCUGCCCAUAUUGUGCCUGCUCAGCUUGAGCACCUGCUUCUCGGGCCUGUGCAUCUAUUGGUAUUAUCGCAAUUGCGAUCCCCUGCUGGAGGGUCGCAUUAGUUCGCGUGACCAGAUCAUGCCGCUGUUCGUUGUCGACACCAUGGGCGGCUAUACGGGAUUGGCGGGCCUCUUUGUCUCGGGCAUCUUUUGCGCCAGUCUGUCCACCAUUAGUUCCGCCAUCAGCUCGCUGGCUGCCGUCACGGUGGAGGAUUAUCUGAAGCCACUUAUGCGCGGCUGUGCUGGACGCACGCUCACCGAUAAUCAGACCUUAUGGUACUCCAAGCUGCUCUCGGUCUUCUUUGGCGCCUUGUGCGUGGGCAUGUCCUUCAUGGCCGGCUCCAUUGGCGGACUGCUGCAGGCGGCGCUCUCCAUAUUUGGCAUCAUUGGUGGACCACUUUUGGGGCUCUUCACGCUGGGCAUGUAUGUGACCAAGGCGAAUCAGAAGGGCGCCAUUGCAGGCUUGCUGCUCUCGCUGGCCUUCUCCUUCUGGAUAGGCUUUGGUCAGCCCAAGCCGCCCAUACCCAGCCUGGAAAUAAACGCCAAUGACUGUCCCAUAACAAAAACCUAUGCCCAUGAUAUAUUUCUCGCUCGCAAUGAGUCAGAGUCGGAGCCGGAGCAUUAUUUUUAUUUGUAUCGCAUUAGCUAUGCUUGGUAUGCCUCCUUGGGUUUCCUCGUCGCCUUCAUUGGCGGCUGGCUCUGCUCCUGCUGCUUUGCCGCCUGCAAAUGGGAUAACAAUCAACGCAUCUACCAGGACGCUGAGAGCAAGCUAAUCAAGCAGGAUCUCUUUGCGCCGCCCAUUGCGAUGCGCCUGCAGCGCAAGCAAAUGCCAACUCUGGUGGUGACCACCUCGAGCAGCAGCAACAAUAGCACCACCGAUGCCACAGCGCCCGAGAUCAAUUGGCAGCUGGACAUUUCACCCAAGCCAGCGCGUUAACUAUUGCAAACUGAGCUUAGUUAGUUGAAUUUUUUUUUUAAUAAAUCUAUGGUUAAAC